AGCCGGCACCCGGUCGUGUGCGCAGGCGCGAGGUCGGUUGCUUGCCCAAAGCAGGAGGGAGGGGGCGGCGGCGAGAGAGCGAUAGGGGUGAGAGGGCGCGGGAGAGACCCCGGCACCCGGAGCCCCCGGACCCGAGCGCCGCCUCCGCGGGCCCGCGGCCGCCCGCGCGCCGUCCCCGCCCCCAGCGCGCGCCGGGCCGCGCCCUUCACCUCCCCUUCCUCGACGGGCGGCGCGGAGCGGCCUGAGGGCGGCGCCUUCUGCGGCCGUCCUGGCCGGGAGGGGGAUGUGAGGGGCGGCCCGCGGCCAUGGAGACGGGCCCGGCGCCCCUUGUGGCCCCGCCACGCCGUCAUGGCGCCCCCGCGGCCCCCUCGCCGCCGCCCCGCGGCUCCCGGGCCGGGCCCGUCCUGGUGGUGGCUCCGGGGCCGCCAGUGACCACGGCCACUUCAGCCCCGGUCACCCUGGUGGCCCCCGGGGAGGCGCGGCCCACCUGGUUACCGGGGCCGACCUCGGCCCCGGCUUCAGCUUCGAUCUCGGCUUCAGCCCCGGUCCCGGCUUCAGCUCCGGCCCCGGCUUCAGCCCCGGUCCCGGCUUCAGCCCCGGUCCCGGCUUCAGCUCCGGUCCCGGCUUCAGCUCCGGUCCCGGCUUCAGCCCCGGCCACGGCUUCAGCUCCGAUUCCGGCUUCAGCUCCGAUCCCGGCUUCAGCCCCGGCCACGGCUUCAGCUCCGGUCCCGGCUUCAGCCCCAGCACCGACGGUCACGGGCAGCACAGUGGUGGUGCUAACACUGGAGGCCUCACCCGAAGCGCAGGUCUCCCCCGGUCCAGAGGUCCUGGUGCCCGCGGCAGUCCCGACGUCAGUAGGGGACCAGACGUCAAUGGCACAGGCCCUAGGGGCAGACUCUCCAAAGACGGAGGAGACUAGAACCUCACCCGCCUCUGGACCAGGAACUUCCACCGGGACCUCCACCAGAACGUCUUCCAGAACGGCUCCUGGAGCGCUGACCGCCAAACCCCCGCUUGCCCCCAAGCCGGGAACCACAGUGGCCUCAGGAGUGACUGCACGGAUUGCAGCAGUGACAGCAGGACAGGUGACAAGUGGACAUGGAGCUGCAACAUCAGCAUCAACAGGACAGGUUCCAGAGGACCCCUCAGGGCCUGGCACAGGGCCUUCAGGGGCUAGUGAGCCUCUGGUGGCGGUUGUGAUGGUGACCCCUGCUCCAGAGCCUGCAGAAAACUCGCAGGAUCUAGGCUCCAUGUCCAGCCUGGGACCUGGCAUCUCUGGGCCUCGAGGGCAGGCCCCAGACACCCUGAGCUACUUGGACUCCGUGAGCCUCAUGUCUGGGACCUUGGAGUCCUUGGCGGAUGAUGUGAGCUCCAUGGGCUCAGACUCAGAGAUAAAUGGGCUGGCCCUGCGGAAGACGGACAAGUAUGGCUUCCUUGGGGGCAGCCAAUAUUCGGGCAGCCUAGAGAGCUCCAUUCCCGUGGAUGUGGCUCGGCAGCGGGAGCUCAAGUGGCUGGAGAUGUUCAGUAACUGGGAUAAGUGGCUGUCACGACGUUUCCAGAAGGUGAAGCUGCGCUGCCGGAAGGGAAUACCCUCCUCCCUCAGAGCCAAGGCCUGGCAGUAUCUGUCCAAUAGCAAGGAACUCCUGGAGCAGAACCCGGGCAAGUUUGAGGAGCUGGAACGGGCUCCUGGGGACCCCAAGUGGCUGGAUGUGAUCGAGAAGGACCUGCACCGCCAGUUCCCUUUCCAUGAGAUGUUUGCUGCUCGAGGGGGGCAUGGGCAACAGGACCUGUAUCGAAUCCUUAAGGCCUACACUAUCUACCGGCCCGACGAGGGCUACUGCCAGGCCCAGGCCCCAGUGGCCGCAGUGCUGCUCAUGCACAUGCCUGCUGAGCAAGCCUUUUGGUGCCUGGUACAGAUCUGCGAUAAGUACCUCCCGGGUUACUACAGUGCAGGGCUGGAGGCCAUUCAGCUGGACGGAGAAAUCUUUUUUGCACUCUUGCGCCGUGCCUCCCCACUGGCACACAGACACCUGCGGCGGCAGCGCAUUGACCCCGUGCUCUACAUGACAGAAUGGUUCAUGUGCAUCUUUGCCCGCACUCUGCCCUGGGCUUCAGUGCUGCGUGUCUGGGAUAUGUUCUUCUGUGAAGGCGUAAAGAUCAUUUUCCGGGUGGCCCUGGUGUUGCUGCGGCACACGCUGGGCUCAGUGGAGAAGCUGCGCUCCUGCCAGGGCAUGUAUGAAACCAUGGAGCAGCUGCGCAACCUGCCCCAGCAGUGCAUGCAGGAGGACUUUCUGGUGCAUGAGGUGACUAACCUCCCAGUGACAGAAGCACUGAUUGAGCGAGAAAACACAGCCCAGCUCAAGAAGUGGCGGGAAACCCGGGGGGAACUACAGUAUCGGCCCUCACGGCGACUGCAUGGCACCCGGGCCAUCCAUGAGGAACGCCGGAGGCAGCAGCCACCCCUGGGCCCCUCCUCUAGCCUCCUCAGCCUCCCUGGCCUCAAGAGCCGGGGCUCCCUGGCAGCUGGAGGCGUCCCAUCUCCACCCCUUCCUUCCCACAGGGCCAGUGCUGGGCCUGCCCCAGGGCCUGUGGUCACCGCUGAGGGACUGCACCCAUCCCUUCCUUCGCCCACUGGUAACAGCACCCCUCUGGGUCCCAGCAAGGAGACCCGGAGGCAGAAGGACCGGAGGCAGGAGAAGGAACGGCAGAAACAGGAAAAGGAACGUGAGAAAGAGCGACAGAAACAAGAGAAAGAGCGGGAGAAGCAGGAGAAGGAGCGGCAGAAGUGGGAAAAAGAGCUGGAGAAGGAACAGCAGAAGCAAGAGAAGGAACGGCAGAAGCAGGAGAAGAAGGCCCAAGGCAGGAAGCUUUCGCUGCGUCGAAAGGCAGAUGGGCCUUCAGCCCCCCAGGAUGGCGGGGACAGGUCCUCAGCCUCUGAGACCCGGCAGGACGCUUACUUCUGAUCUCUGCCCUGGGGCUGGACUGCAUGGCCCCCUCUUUUUCCCUCAGCCAAGAGCAGACCCCUCAGUAGGCUGUCCCUCUUUCUGAGGAAAGUGGCUUGAUUCCCCGUCUCCUUGCCAGCUGCUGAUCCCUACACAGCCAGGACAGUCAGAGUGCAUGGGGCAGCUGCAUUUCUCCGAGGCAGCUGUUGAACAAGUCGGGAGCCCCUCACCUCCAGUUAGGUCUAGCUGGGGUCUCCUGUCCCAGUUCCCUUUGGGGUCCCUUUCCAGGUGCUGUCCUGAUUGGCCUUUUGUCACCAAAGGGGUGACUCUUGGCAAUGGGGGAGUCAGAAGUUUUCAGAUUCUUACACUCCAGUUGCUCCCCUUACCCAUGAAGUGGAGCUAGGUUCCUUUUUCUCUUCAGUCCUGCCUGCCUCCCCCAUUUCCUGGCCGGGGGCCUCCUUGACUUCUGGACAUCUCUGUGUUGUAAUUAUGUAUAAAGGACCUGGUUGGCUCAGGGGUGGGGGUGUUCGCUUAAUCUUCUGUCCUUUGGUUCUCUUUCCACAAUGUUCUUGCACUCUAUUUAAGGGGACAUGCACUGGAACAGGAAAUGUCCCCCACUUCCUCACCCACCAUCCUCCUGCUCUCCUUCCAUUCACCCACCUUUCUCUGUAUUCUCAUGCCUCCCCUGCUUUGCCUCACCAGGACCCCCACCUUAUUUCCUUCUAACUCUCCAGCCCCUAUUUGGGAAAGGGGUCUUUUCUUGAGCUCCAGGGGGUGGAACCCAAUGUUUACAUUCUCUUCUGUAUCUGCCCCCACCCCAUGUGGCGCUUUGAGGAACCAGAAAAGAACCUGCUAUUAUACCUGG